GAAACCAAAAACACUCUGAUAGAUAUUUACCUACACAACAGACUUUUCCACGUGCGUUAUAAAACGCCACGCUUUCACCUCAAAUUUCUGAAAGUAACUACUACCGGUUUGUGUUAUACUACUUGAGCUGUGAUCAGAUGGGACGUGGAGGCAAUCGGGGACGAGGGGGUGGAGGAAGAGGAGGAUUUCGUGGGGGUCGAGGUGGCAGAGGGCGAGGAGGAGGGAGGGGUCGUGGAGGGAUGCCACGUAUUGACAAACGAGACGCUCGACAUCUGCAAAUGUUUGGGGAACAACAUCCGAGUCAGGAACUAGGCGAUUUUGGACCAUCCUCAUCUGUCAAAAAGCCAAAGUUUUCUCCAAGGGGUAACAAUAGGAGAGGAGGAACAGGGAAUUCAUUCAGCAGCGGCCAACGUGUUAGAGAAGAACCCGAUGAUAAUGAUGAUGAUGACGAAGAUAGUGAGGAGGGUGAAACCGAGCAAACGCCGUACAACGAAUUGUUGACACUAUUUAAAAGUAGGAAGGGCUUGAAAAAGGAUGUACAGAUAUUGAGUGACGAGGAGGAGGAGGACGACGACGAAGAUGAACAAGAACAGGAAGACAGCGAUGGAGAUGAUAAAGAAGAAGAUGAUGAUGACCAAAGUGAUGUAGGCGAGAUAAGUGAUACUGAAAACGACAAGAACUCAGUCCUUAUUAACAAAUCGACGUCUAUUCCUGAUAGUACUGAUGUUGCUAACACUGAAGAAGAUGCUGAUGGAGAAACACUUGAGGAAACUGUGAUAGAAGAGGCAGAAAUCAAUCCUGAUGUGGAGAAUGAAAAUGGGAUGGAUUGCUGCGACCCGUUUCUCCUGCAUUUUGAAAGGGAAAUGCCAGAGUAUUUACUUAAUAGGUUAAAAGAAGAAAAGGCAUCAAAGUUACAAUUAUCCAUCAAAGGGUGGCCAGAACUUGAGAAAUUUAAUUACUUUGGUCUGGACUGCCAUGAAAUUAACGACCAAGUACAGAAGGAUCGAGAUCUUCAUCGAACAACAAUCGAUCUGUCCUCCAUAGGGACUUCUCAACCUAUAUUACUUCCGAACCCACCAUCUCCUUCUUUAUCAAAAAACUUUUCUUUAGAAUCUUUUCAAAUUAAAUCCCAACUUUGCACAACAUUUCCAAUUGUAAAUCAGAAAGUCAUUGAUUCUGAAUCAUGUCAUGGCUCAAUGUCAAACCUACAGAGAGAAAUCUUGGAGCUCGCUUCACAGUAUUUUGAUGGAUAUUUUCCAAUUCGUACAAUUGAAAAUGAAGAGGCAAUACGAAAUAUUUACUGCUUACACGCUGCUAAUCAUAUUUUGAAAACACGUACGAGAAUUAUUCAUCAUAAUGCUAAAUUAAGCACAAGAAUGGAUGUCCCUGAUUCUUAUCGAGACCAAGGAUUUGUUCGACCCAAAGUUCUCAUAUUGGUCCCAUUCAAGGAUAGUGCUUUCAAGAUUGUGAAGACGCUAAUUUCCAUACUUCUACCAGAGGAGAAAGGAAAUGUUGCUAAUAAAAAGAGAUUUAACGACGAGUACAGUGGAUCCACACUGUUUCUCCCAAAAACUAAUCCCAAACCUGAUGAUUAUAAUGCUAUUUUUAGUGGAAAUGUAGAAGAUAAUUUUAAAAUCGGGUUCUCGCUAACAAAGAAGACGAUAAAGCUAUUCACUGGAUUCUACUCUGCAGAUAUCAUAAUUGCAUCUCCGUUAGGAUUACGUUUAAUUGUCGGCGCAGAAGGAGAAAAAGAUCGCGAAUACGAUUUUUUAUCGUCUAUUGAGCUUUUAAUUAUGGACCAGGCAGACAUAUUUCUUAUGCAGAACUGGGACCACAUGCUACACCUAAUUAAGCAUUUAAAUCUUCAACCAGUCACAACUCAUGGAACCGAUUUUGCAAGGAUUCGACCAUGGGCAUUGGAUGGUUUAACUAAAUAUUUUCGACAAAGUCUAAUGUUUAGUGCUAUAUUUUGUCCGGAGCAUUCGUCACUCAUGAGCAAGUACUGUCAAAGCUUUGCUGGUCAAAUACGACUAUUAAGACAAUACACGCGAGGAAGCAUCAACGACGUUACAGUUCAGGCACCUCAGGUGUUUCAGUAUUUUGAUGCAUCCACACUGCCGAAAGCCGACGAUGAACGUUUUGAGUUUUUCAUAAAAACCGUUCUUCCAACCUUUAAAACCGACAAAUUGAUGAGCCACACCUUGAUAUUUGUGUCAUCAUACUUUGACUUUGUGCGUUUACGAAAUCAUUUUAAAAGAGAACAGACUAGUUUUGUUCAAAUAUGCGAAUAUACCAAGGAUAAAAAGGUUGCACGUGCUAGAGACUACUUCUAUCAUGGACAGGGACAUUUCCUCGUUUAUACAGAACGAGUACAUUUCUUUCGGCGUUUCAGAAUAAAAGGAAUUGGACAUAUAUUAUUCUAUCAGCUACCUCAGUACCCGCAUUUCUACUCAGAAUUAUGCAACUCAAUUCAGGAAGAUUUUCAAAACCGAAGGGUUCGCCAGCGGAAGAACAGCAGCAUAAAUGUAAUAUAUUCCAAAUAUGACACACCUCGUCUUGCUGCCAUCGUCGGUUCUGACCGAGCAUCUUUGAUGCUUUCAUCAGAAAAGAAUGUACACGCUUUUGUCAGUGGUGAACUUUAAAUUUAUUUAAUCAAAUUUUAUUAUUGGAAUCGUUCUGUCUGCACCGGCAGAAGUAGAUAAUUUUUUACUUAUUUUGGAAUUUGCUUGAUGUACCAAUCGUGGUCUUCGCCUGGAGCUGUAGCCAAUAACCCUCCUUGAUUUGCGUGUUGUACCUAUUUAUUCGAAAAAUAGAUAAUUUAGAUAUAUAUAUAUAUGAAAUGGAACUUUAAAGUUAACUAGAAAAAGUGAUUAAAAAGAUAGUUUUAAUAUUAAUUAA